AUGACUGGGCGAAAAAGAUCAGCAAAAUUGACUCUGGGGAGUCUUCAACAAAAGGUUCUACAUUCAAAACACGGUACAAAAUAUCUCCGACCGCACGCAUUUGGAUACUUCCAUGUCCCUGCUCAAAUACAGGAACUCUGUGGGCACUCUCAUCCUCGAGAGUCGAGAUGA